AUGGACCGGGAAUGGAUGUCUGCCAAUCGUUUGUCUCAGGAAUAUGAGGAUAGAGUGAAAAUGUUUAUUAGGUUUGCAGUUGAGCAUGAAGAAGAUCUUACCAGAAUUGUAUGCCCUUGCUUAAAAUGUUGUUUUGCAAAGCGAAUUAGUGCGGCUAAUUUGGAAGAUCAUUUGAUAAUGUAUGGAAUUGAUCAAAGUUAUAAAUAUUGGACAAGACAUGGUGAGACAAGAUGUAAGGGUAGUGAUCCGGGGAAUAAUGAAAAGCAUGUUGUAGCUGAUGCCAACACAAAUAUAUAUGAAGACGACCAAAUGAAAGAAUUUGCAAAAGUAGUUGAAGAAGACUUUCGAGAUUGUCCUGAAAUGUUUGAGAGGUUGGUAAGCGAUUCUGAGAAGUCGUUGUACGAUGGUUGUACAAAGUACACAAGAUUGUCGACAGUGUUAAAGUUGUAUAACUUGAAAGGAAGCAAUGGAUGGUCUGAUAAGAGCUUCACGGAGUUACUUGCACUUCUGAAAGAUAUGCUCCCGGACAAUAAUGUGCUUCCUAGUCGAGCUUACGAGGCUAAACAAAUAUUAUACUCCAUUGGCAUGAGAUAUGAGAAGAUACAUGCAUGUCCUAAUAAUUGCAUUUUAUUUCGUAAUGAAUAUGCAUCCUUAAAGAGUUGCCCUAAAUGUAAUGUCUCACGAUAUAAGAUGAAAGAAUCAACCGCUCCAGCAAAGGUGGGUUGGUAUUUUCCUAUAAUAUCGAGAUUUAGAUGCAUGUAUAGCAGUGCAAAAGAUGCAAAAAACUUGACAUGGCACGCUAGUGAUGGUAGAAUUAAAGAUGGCAUGCUUCGUCAUCCUGCAGAUUCUCCUCAAUGGGCGAAAAUUGAUCACGAUUACAAAGAUUUCGAGCGUAAACCAAGAAAUCUGCGUCUUGCGUUGUCUAGUGAUGGAAUAAAUCCCCAUGGUGUUCAAAGUAGCUCUCACAGCACGUGGCCGGUGAUAUUGCUGAUUUAUAACUUACCUCCAUGGUUAUGCAUGAAGCGUAAGUUUAUGAUGUUGUCUAUGUUAAUUUCUGGGCCUAAACAACCCGGAAAUGAUAUUGAUAUAUACUUGGCUCCUUUGAUUGAAGACCUAAAGAAAAUGUGGGAGACAGGUGUAGAGGUGUGUGACGGGUACAAGGAACAACAUUUCAAUUUGAGGGCUAUAUUAUUUGGAACCAUUAGCGAUUUUCCAGCAUACGGUAAUUUGUCAGGAUAUAGUACGAAGGGGAAAUGUGCUUGCCCUGUAUGUGAAGAGAAUACAUAUUGGAUUCGGCUGCAACAUUGUAAGAAAAAUGUCUUCCUUGGGCACCGUAGAUUUUUGCCUACAAAUUAUGAAUAUCGGAGUUGGACAAGAGCAUUUAAUGGGAACACAGAAGAAGUUAUAGCUCCUACACCGUUGACCGGGGAUCAAUUGUUUGAUAAGGUGAAGGGUUUGAAUACUAAAUUCGGUAAACCUUUUGCUGAAGAGCUUGUCACAAGCGGGUGGAAGAAAAAGUCAAUCUUCUUUGAAUUGCCAUAUUGGAAGUCAUUAUAUGUAAGACAUUUCCUUGACGUGAUGCAUAUUGAAAAAAAUGUUUGUGAUAGCGUCAUAGGCACGUUACUUAAUGUUAAAGAAAAGCGUAAAGAUGGUAUCAAUGCAAGGUUGGACCUUAUUAGUAUGGGAAUAAGGAAAGAACUGAGAUCAGUAAAGAAGGGGAGUCGUACAUUUCUACCUCCAGCAGCUUAUACUCUAUCUAGAAAAGAGAAAAUUGCUUUUUGUAUGUUUCUUCAAGGAAUGAAAGUUCCGGAGGGGUACUCUUCUAACAUUCGCAACCUUGUAUCAAUGAAAGACUUGAAGUUAAAAAAUCUAAAGUCCCACGAUUGUCAUGUUCUUAUGGAGCAUUUUCUACAUUGCCCCCAGCAAACUAAUGGCAUAGAUUGUGGGUUCUAUGUCAUGAGGUUUAUGAAGGAUAAUAUUUUACAAGAUCAAGAUCCAAUCCCUUACUUUCCUAAAUAUAGAUGUGCUACAUAUUCUAAUAAGAAACCAUGUGAAGUUAAGGAAGAUUGGGCUGAGUUCGUGCUUCAAAAUAUUAUAUUUCAAUAG